AUGCCAUCGGAGACCCAAGUUGAAUCUAUUCUUGACUCUCAAGAUGAGGUGGGUGUAGAGUGGAUUGAGGUAGCAGAGCAAGGAAGACUGAGAACAAUUGUGGCUUCAGAGAGCUCUAUAGAUGGAGCAGAUGACAAUGGGCAUCGCUCCAAGCGAUUUCAGGCAUCACAAGGAGAGAAGGAAGAUGUUUUAUCCCAACCAAAAUCUAUUAAGACUCACCAAUCUGAUUGGAUGGAUGUGGAUGAUAGUAUCAACGUGGAUAAUGAGAAACCUCGCAUGAAGGAGAUAAAUAAAUCAUUGCAGAUGGAGGAGAACACGCUGGAUUCAUGGAAUAAUAUUCUGAAUAAGUUUUUUUAUGCAAACAGGGAGGAUGCAAUAUUGAUGACUGUCGUAAAGGAAGAGGUAGAGUAUCCUCACCUUAAUUUUGGCAAUGUUAAAAUCUUCGUUGGGUCUGGUUCAAAUGUAAGAUCAAACAUGGAAGCAGGGAUUCUAGUGGAUGGCUUUACUGCUUUGGCUCUUACUGGCCAAACUAUUAAUGGUCGGGAAGUUGUCAGUAUUCAUGUCGUGAAGGUUGAUCGUCAUGAUGUCUUGGUCGAAGUGUGGGAGGAAGAAUAUAUGCCAUUGGAGACCCAAGUUGAAUCUGUUGUUGACUCCCAAGAUGAGGAGGGUGCAGAUUGGAUUGAGGAUGUGUGGAAGAUUGGCAUUGAUUUGGAAGGCGUGGACGUUGAUGAAAAUGUGGUAGUUACGAGGGAGGAGAUAGAGAAAGGCGUGAGGAGACUGAUGGAGGGUCCAAAAGCGCGGGAGCUUAGAAAAAGAGGAAUGGAGUUGAAGGAGGCUGCAUUUAAAGCGGUGAGGGUUUUGAGUCACCCUUCGGUACGAGGGUUUCUCACCCACUGCGGGUGGAACUCGUGUUUGGAAAGCAUGAGCAUGGGAAUUCCAAUGCUUGGAUGGCCCUAUUUCUGUGAUCAGUUUCUUGAUUGCCGCUUCUGCAAGGAUGUGUGGAAGAUUGGCAUUGAUUUGGAAGGCGUGGACGUUGAUGAAAAUGUGGUAGUUACGAGGGAGGAGAUAGAGAAAGGCGUGAGGAGACUGAUGGAGGGUCCAAAAGCGCGGGAGCUUAGAAAAAGAGGAAUGGAGUUGAAGGAGGCUGCAUUUAAAGCGGUUGCGCAGGGAGGUUCUUCUUUUACCAAUUUGAACAGGUUUAUUCAUGAUAUGGCACAAGUUUCCAAAUCGGCUUCUGUUUAA